UGAGCGUGACAAAGCUGCCAUCUUUCCUCCUCCCAUUAUUGAGUUUACAUUGUUCUCUCAAGCAACAACUUUUAUAUGCAAAGUUUUAAGUUUCUUUUAUAGUUUUGAUCUACUAAAGAGAAAAAAAAAAGUGUACUUUUUCUCUUCAGGGCGUUGCUAAAACUAGUGGGAUCAGUGUUUUUUUUAUUGGGAGUAAAUGGCAACUUUUCAUUCUGUUCAAGAUGCAGUGAAGCUCUUUAACGCUGGUUUAUCUGGAGGAGAACAUCUCAACCAGAGGCAAGAACAGGAGACUAAUCUCUGUCUCUGGAAUCAAGAGGUUAACAAGUUGAAGGAGAUAAUAAAGAAUGCUGAGAUGGCGAAGAUCGAGGCUUUGUUAGAGCUUGAGGAAGCUAAGAAAACGGUUGAGCAUCUCAAUCACAAGCUGAGAAACGAUGAGAAAGGUUUAGAUUUGAGUAGUAGUAGUAGUAGUAAUGUGAGAGAUGUGACUUCAGAGCUAGGUGUUGCUAAAGAAUUGCUUCAAAGAGUAGUUAAAGAGCAGAGUCAUCACGACUUAGAUAGUAAUGUGAUAGUUGUGACUUCUGAGCUAGGCUUUGCUAAGGAAUCACUUCAUAGAGUAGCUGAAGAGGAGAGUGAAUUAAGUAAAUUAAUGAAGUCUCUUAAGCUCGAGCUUGAAAACGUGAAGAAAGAACAUUCUCAGCUUAUAGAGAAAGAGAAAGAGCAAAGAGAAAGAGACCAAGCCGUCGAGGAGCUGAGGAAGGAAGCUGAAGAUGCAAAGAGGGAGCUCUUGAUGUUAGAGGAAGAGCUCAAGGAAGCAGAAGAAGCCAAAGCAAAAGCUGCAGAGGAGGAAUGUGUAAACGUUCACGAAAGUGGUGGUGGUGGAUUAACAGAGACGGAAGUGUUGAGAGCAUGCAGAGACGAAACGCUGAAGAAACUAGAGAUGAGCGAGAAGGAGAUUGAAGAUAUAAAAGCGGCAACGCAGGAGGCGUUGAAGAAAGCAGAGAUGGCUGAGGAAGCAACAAUUGUGGUGGAGGCAGAGCUUAAAAGACGGCGUAAAGCAGCUAGUAGGAUCAUGGCAGAAUCCAAAAUGUGUGCUAAUAAGUCGUUUCCCUCUGCAAAGGAAGUGCACAAGUCCAAAACGAGAUCCAAAGAGACUUGUUUGGUCAAGUGUUAGGGAAAAGGAUCUGUGGUCUCUUUUGAAAUUUGUGACAUUCUGUAUUAACUCAUAAUUAGAAGAAAUAAGUGUCACUCUUUUGUUCAAAGUUGGUAGCUUUUAAUAAUGUUUGUGAUAUUGUGUAAACAUUCAGUAUCAUCAUCGCAUAAACUAACCA